AUGAGACAUAAAAAAAAACUUGGAACUGGGUCGUCAGCAUUGUCAAAAAAGAAAUGGGCUUUGGCUGACAAUUUAACAUUCUUGAACACCGUAGAAUACGAAAGAAAUACAACGACAAAUGUUAAUGCGAAUGUUACAACAACAAUUAAUGAUAACGCAAAUGAUAACGCAAAUGAUAAUGCAAAUGGUUCUUUAAUGGAUACCUUAAGUGAAGAAAGUAGUGAGUUAUUUGAAGAAGACACUGAAAAAUCCACUAAAGACCCAAAUUCUAAUGAACUUCAAAACCCAAACAAAAAAUUUAAAUCUAAGUACAACAAGACAGAUUUUUCAAAACGUCAAUUGGAAAGAGCCGUUAUUAUUCAAAAUUUACAAAAACAAAAUGAAACGAUUUUAAAUAAAGUGACAAACAAUGACGAAACCGAUUUAUUUUUCCAAAGUAUUGCGGCAAUGGUGAAAAAACUACCUCCUAGAGGCAUAAGCGAGGCAAGACUUCAAGUUCUAAAAACGGUGUCACAACUCGAAGACAAGUAUUUAAUUAAUCCUCAUGUACCUACCCCAGUGGCAUUUUCAACUACCACUGUUUCUGGAUAUGAUUACAACAUAGCCCAGUCAAGUUCUACACCAUCAUGUCAAAGUUUGCCAACAAACUCGCAAGGAUUUGUACCAUUUGUAUAUGACAAUAAUUUUACAACACAAAAAUAA